GGCAACAUUAUUCUAAAGUUGCAUUGAUUGGUAUUGGGAUGUUGUAUUAUUUUAUUUUAACUGUUUAACAUAGAAAUUUCUCGUCAUCAAUGCUUUUACAACAAACGUGAGACUGCUUAAUACCCAGCACUUGAUAAAGUACGGAAUUGUGUAUUGAAGUGACGUGAACUUCCAUAAACAUUCGCUACGUCUCUGAACCGUGUUAGCGUGCGUAACUGUUUAGUAUAAAAUCCGUUUGAUAUGUGCAUUCAGUGACUUUUGUUUUAAAGAGAUGGCUAGCCCGUCACCUCAGAGCAGUCCGAUGCCGCCACCGCAGGCACCGAGCCCAAUGGGGCCCCCCACUCAGAGUCCGGCUCCGCCACAGUCUCCGCAUAGCCCCUACAACCAACAACAUGUCAACGGGCCGCCUCCGUCUCACCCUCCUGGUGCCGGACAGCCGCCGAUGCCUAAUCAUAUGUCACCGUCAGGGCCAGGGCAUCCUAUAGCAUCAAAUUCUAAUGGGCCUCCUGGUGUACCACAGCAGCAUUCCGGAAUGCCACCAACUGGACAUCAGAUGCCUCCGCACAUGGUUGGACCUCAUAUGCCAGGCCCACCAGGACAUCCAAUAGGUCCUGGAGGUGCCCACCCACCUGGACCCAAUGGCCACCCUGGUGCGCCACAGCAUCCUAUCAUGCCUGGACAGGGUCCACCUCAUGGCUACAUGCAACAUCAAAUUGGCCAUAUGCCACCUGGACAGGCACCUAUGCCAAUGGGUGGAGGACCACCACCUGGUAAUGGGCCGCAGGGUCCACCUGGAGCUCCAGGGGUGCCUCUACCUCUAUCGGGCCCACCACCGCACGGAGUACACCCGCAGGGAAUGCCGCCUGCCGCUCCUGGCCACAUGUCUUCGCACCAUCCUAUGAUGCCAGGACAAGGCCCUCCACCGCAUGCUGCUUCCCCUGGAUAUGGCCACGUUCCUCCUUCCGGGGCUGCAGGAGGCCCGGCGGCGUCGCCUUCAGGGGCACCUCCUACUGCUCCGCCUCAGGGCGGUGCUCCUCCACAUCCGCCGGCUGCACAGACACCUCCGCACGGACAGCCACCACCGACAUCCUCGGCGAACGGCCCCCCACCUGCGUCAUCUCCAAUGCAGGGCUCACUACCGGCACCCGGUCCUGAUAACCUGCACGCCAUUCAACGAACGAUUGAUUCUAUGGAAGAGAAAGGACUACAAGAGGACCCAAGAUUCUCGCAGUUGUUAGCACUGAGAGCACGCUCAAAUCCUGGUCAGGACCCCAGCAAGGGUUUGUUUAGCAACAAUCAGCUCUGCCAGCUUAAGGCUCAAAUAACAGCAUACCGAAGCCUCGCGAGAAAUCAGCCACUGUCACAGCAGAUAGCUAUGAUGGCAUCCGGCAAGCGCACGGGGGAGACACCCCCAGAGUGCCCUACUCCUCCAGCUCAGCCCCCGUACGGUGAGGGGCAGGGCGCGCCACCUAGUUCCGCGGCUGGGCUGGGUGGACUCAGCGCCACCGGAGGCAAGGCAGGGGCCGGCGGCGCGGCCGGAGACGCAGCCCGCGGCGGCGGCGGUGCUCCUCCCACUCCGCUCCCGAUGACAGGCCAGAUGGCACCUCCAACGCAACUUACUCCACCUCUAGUAAAUCCUCCAGUAAGUGGGGGACCACCUUUGCGUGGACCCGCACCAUUGCGUCCGCAAGCUCCGGGCACGCAGCCUCAACAUCAGCCAGGGGUUCCAAUACCAGGAACCAAGCAGAAUCGUAUCACCAGUAUGCCCAAACCUGUGGGAAUUGAUCCUCUACAGAUCCUGAAUGAAAGAGAAAAUAGGAUUGCAGCGCGCAUUGCCCAUCGCAUCGAAUUGCUCUCCAAUCUGCCAGCCAACAUGCCAGAUGACCUCCGACUGCAAGCACAAAUUGAGCUCAGGGCUCUUCGAGUGCUCAACUUCCAGAAACAAUUACGUUCUGAGAUUCUGGGUCAAGUCCGCCGCGACACGACAUUAGAAACAGCCGUGAACAUCAAAGCGUACAAGCGUACGAAGCGACAAGGGUUGAGAGAAGCUCGCGCUACAGAAAAGUUGGAGAAACAACAGAAACUGGAGGCAGAGCGGAAGCGGCGACAGAAACACCAAGAGUUCUUGCAGACUGUGUUGCAACACGCUAAGGACUUCAAGGAGUACCAUCGCAACAACAUGGCGAAGCUGUCACGUAUGAACAAGGCUAUCAUGAACCAUCACGCUAACGCCGAGCGGGAACAGAAGAAGGAACAAGAGCGCAUUGAGAAAGAGCGUAUGAGACGUUUGAUGGCGGAAGAUGAAGAAGGAUAUCGUAAACUUAUUGAUCAAAAGAAAGACAAGCGGUUGGCGUUCCUUCUGUCGCAGACUGAUGAAUACAUCGCCAGCCUCACGGAGAUGGUCAAGCAACAUAAGCAGGAACAACGUAAAAAGCAACAGGAAGAAGAGCGCAGGAAAAGGAAAUCGAGAAAGAAGAAGUUGUUGGAAGGCGGCGAGAUCGAUGCGUUGGAUGACAGUUCGCAAACAUCAGAUUCGCGCGUUAACGUUAUGGAUCCUAAGACUGGCGAAAUACUGAGGGGAGAAGAGGCGCCAUUGUUGUCUCAGUUGAAGGACUGGAUGGAGACACCCCGGCUGGGAGAAAAGAGGAAAGGACAUAGAGAUGAGAGGAGUGACAAAGAGAAGACUGAAGAAGAGAAAGCACGGGAAAUGAUCAAGAAGGCCAAGGUCGAAGACGAUGAGUAUAAGACAGAAGAACAGACUUACUACAGCAUUGCUCACACAGUCCACGAGUCUGUUACUGAACAAGCCAACAUUCUCGUCAAUGGUAAACUUAAGGAAUAUCAAAUCAAGGGUCUGGAGUGGCUGGUAUCUUUGUUUAAUAAUAACCUGAACGGCAUUCUGGCAGACGAGAUGGGUCUCGGUAAGACCAUCCAGACUAUAGCGCUGGUCACAUAUCUAAUGGAGAAGAAGAAAGUUAACGGACCUUUCCUCAUUAUUUACUCUAUCCAACUGGGUGUUGGAGUUUGAGAAGUGGGCGCCAACGGUGUCAGUGGUGUCGUACAAGGGAUCCCCUCAGUCGCGUCGCCUCGUACAGGCACAGAUGAGAUCUACCAAAUUCAAUGUGCUGCUUACAACUUAUGAAUAUGUUAUCAAGGACAAGGCUGUACUGGCUAAGGUACAAUGGAAGUAUAUGAUAAUCGACGAGGGUCAUCGUAUGAAGAACCAUCAUUGCAAACUGACACAAGUAUUGAACACGCACUACAUAGCACCACACCGCCUGCUUCUGACCGGUACCCCGCUACAGAACAAGUUGCCGGAGUUGUGGGCACUACUGAACUUCUUGCUGCCCUCCAUCUUUAAGAGUUGCUCCACAUUCGAACAGUGGUUCAACGCACCUUUCGCUACAACUGGUGAAAAGGUGGAACUGAACGAGGAAGAAACUAUCCUCAUCAUUCGUCGUCUACACAAAGUGCUGCGUCCAUUCUUAUUGCGUAGGCUCAAGAAAGAGGUAGAAAGCCAACUACCUGACAAGGUGGAAUACAUUAUCAAGUGUGACAUGAGUGGACUACAACGUGUCCUGUACAAACACAUGCAGUCUAAGGGAGUACUGUUGACGGAUGGCUCAGAGAAGGGCAACAAAGGUAAAGGUGGUGCUAAAGCGCUGAUGAACACCAUCGUACAGCUGCGCAAGCUUUGUAACCAUCCCUUCAUGUUCCAACACAUUGAGGAAAAGUUCUGCGACCAUAUUGGCACGGGCGGUGGUGUGGUCUCAGGACCGGACCUAUACCGAGUAUCUGGUAAAUUCGAACUUCUUGAUCGUAUAUUACCGAAGCUGAAGGCAACUGGGCACAGGGUUCUGGUGUUCUGUCAAAUGACACAGUGCAUGACCAUCAUUGAAGACUAUCUGUCCUGGAGAGCUUUCCAAUAUUUGAGAUUGGACGGUAUGACAAAAGCUGAAGAUCGUGGUGAGCUGCUCAAGAAGUUUAACGAUGUGGGCUCAGAUUACUUCAUUUUCUUGUUGUCGACCCGCGCCGGUGGUCUCGGUCUCAAUCUGCAGAGUGCUGACACCGUUAUCAUAUUCGACUCCGACUGGAAUCCACAUCAGGAUCUCCAAGCACAAGAUCGUGCUCAUCGUAUCGGGCAACGUAACGAGGUGAGAGUACUUAGGUUGAUGACCGUCAACUCAGUGGAGGAAAGAAUUUUGGCAGCAGCUAGGUAUAAAUUAAACAUGGACGAGAAAGUCAUUCAAGCUGGUAUGUUCGAUCAGAAGUCGACAGGCUCUGAGCGUCAACAGUUCCUUCAGAGCAUUUUGCACCAAGAUGGGGAUGACGAGGAGGAGGAAAAUGAACUUCCUGAUGAUGAUCUAAUCAACGAGAUGAUAGCAAGAUCAGAAGAAGAGCUAGAAAUCUUCAAACAGAUAGACAUUGAGCGCAAGAAGAAUGAAACACAAACCCGACUUAUUGAGGAGUCGGAGCUGCCUGAUUGGCUGGUUAAAAAUGAUGACGAAGUUGUUUGCAAUAAGGGGCAAGGCUGGAAUUACCUAGAUGAAGACGAGACACUAGGCCGUGGUUCUCGUCAACGCAAAGAAGUAGACUACACAGACUCUCUUACGGAGAAGGAGUGGCUAAAGGCCAUUGAUGACGAAUUUGAAGAAGAGGAAGAAGAAGAUGAUGACGACGAAGUUCUUGACAAGAAACGGAAGAAGGGUCGUAAACGACGCCGCCCAGAUGAAUCUGAUGAAGAAGAGGCACCGAGUUCCUCGAAGAAGAAGAGUAAAACUGAAAUUAACCAAGUAAAGAAACGAUUGAAGAUGAUUAUGAAGAAAGUUAUAGAUUAUACAGCAAAGGAUGACGGCCGUGUGUUAUCUGAGCCAUUCAUGAAACUUCCGUCACGCCGCGAAUUGCCAGAUUACUAUGAUAUUAUCAAGAAACCUUUGGACAUUAAGAAAAUCAUGAACAGGAUCGAAGAUGGCAAGUAUAAUGAUAUAUCGGAUCUCGAACGGGAUUUCUUCACAUUGUGCGCUAACGCUCAGACAUACAAUGAAGAGCAGUCCUUGAUAUACGCGGACUCGGUGCGUCUUCGCAACGCGUUCAUUGAAAUACGGCGUCGUUAUGAGAGCGGACAGAACUCGGACGACUCGGAUGAUAAUGAUAAAGAUGAUGACGAUUCGGAUGGCGAAUCUAACCGCUCUGUCAAAAUGAAGAUCAAGUUGAAGGGUAAAAGCAAAAGCACACCAUCUAGGAAGCGGAAACCUCGAAAGUAUGUCUCUGAGGACGAAGAUUAUGAGGAGGAUUAAACUCAACUCAUUGCAUUACCCUUCUAGUAACUAACAAACACUUGAUUGAUCAUGUUAGAAAAUAUUUAAUAAGCCAAUUUAAAAUCAUAGAUUUACCUUUAGACAAGAUUCAACUAUAUCGCUUCAUGUAAUGGAAUAAUUAUAAUUUGACAUUAUUAUUGACAUUUAAAAUAUUUUUCUUGCAAACAAUGAUUUCUUCAAUACGUUAAUGAAUUAUCUCAUCUGUAUUUAAAAAUAUUACAUGUUUACUCUAGUUAAUAGAAGGGAGCUAGGAUAUUUCAGGUAGUUGCAAUUAUGGUAACUUCUUGUUAGUAAUUAAGUAUAUUAUUAGUAGUAAUAGUAAUGAAAUAUUGUGGUAUCCCUAGAACACACUAAGCAGAAGGCACUGGUGCUUGCAUGUGACGUUUUUUGGGACUAACUUAAAGUAUGCCUACAGUUAAGGAUAAAAACUGACUUUUAUAAAAUAUUCAAAUUACUUUAUAAGCUUUAUCAACUUUGAUUAAACACAUAAUAAUAUAUGAUUUUAUCUAAAUUUAUCAGAUAAAAUACCAGACUUUUGUCUUAUGGUUUGCCUAAACUGGCUGAAUACCUGGUUACAUUUUUUCGCAAAUAUUAUUUUAUGGCAAUGAUCAUUAAAUUUUUCUAUUAAAAUGUUACUUAAAGUAAGACCUAAAUUAUUUGACAUUGACUCUGAAUAACAAAAUAUUUUUAUUCUCUAGACAUCAAAACAAUGUUUGGAAUUUAGGUAUUUAGGGUUAGAGUAAUAGGAUUUAUGUAUGUGCUUUGGCAUUCAAAAUAAAUUUCUAUGUUUAAAUUGUGUUUUAUUUAAUAUCAAUUUUUAAUGUAUUAUUUUGAUGAAGUUGGAAUAUCAGUUUUGUCUACAAGCUUUGCUAUUGUUUCUUUCCAGUCUGCCCAUUUGUAGUCGACUCCAUGUAUAGUUUUCAUGUGUUUAUUAAGACUUGGGCUGUAACUAAACUUCUGGCUGCAAGUAGGACAUGAGUAAGGUUUAUCACCAGUGUGCACUCUCAAAUGCCGCCUGAGGUUGCUCUGUGUAUAGAAGCCUACAUGGCACAUGUCACAUUUGAAUGUUCUGUUUCCAAUAUCAUACCUCUUCAAAUGCAUAAUCAGGUUUUUCUUAGUAUGGGUUUUAUACCCACAAAGAUGACAUUGUAAUUUCUUUUCUAAACUAUGUUUUUUUCUGUGAUUAUGUAACUCUGCAGAUGUUACAAAUGUGGCUCCACAAUCUUCACAGUUAUAAUUACAGAUUUUAAAAUGUCUAUGCAUAUGUGCUCGUAGAGUUUCCUUUGAUUUUAAUGUUUUCAGGCAAAUAUUGCAAGUGAAGCUUGCAUUUUCAUGAACCCGCAUAUGUUUCUUCAUAGUAAAAGCAUGUUUGAACUGUUUCCCACACAAACUACAUGUAAAGUAAGUUGUGGUGCUGUGAGUUUUCCGAUGAGCUGCAAGACUUGAUGACUGUGUGAAACUCUUACUACAUUCAUUACAGCUGUAAGGUCUUUCUCCAUUAUGGGUUCUCAUAUGACUAACUAAAGUCUGGCUGUGAGGUGUGGAGUAAGAGCAUGAUGUGCAAUGGUAUCUCCUAGCAGCACCAAACCCUGACACUUUACCAAUAUGUUUUCUUUUCUCAUGCAUUGAUACAUAAUGUUUCAGUAGUGUGAUUCUUGUCUUUAAAACUUUAUGACAUAAAUUACAUUUAAAGCUACCUGUUUCUUUUUGUAAAUCAUUUUCUUUAGCAUUAUUAACUUCAUUGACCUUUCUACACACCACAUUUAAAUCAGAACAGUCAUUAAUACAUGAGUCUGAAUCUGGGCCAUCGUCAUAAUUUGAUAUAGAGUUACUAUGGCCAGUUUCAACUUGGUUUUUGUCUUUUUGUAAGUUUUCUUUCAAAUAUAACUCAAUUCUUUCAUUGAGCGUAACACACUUGAGUCUGAAGUUAUUAGCAACAUUCAGUUCAUGUAGACAGUCACCGCAAAUUAAGGAGGGUAUACUUUCAUCAGGAGAUAGUGUAACUUGAAAACAUUGGUAUAUUUUGUUCAGAGUUUCUUUGGAUUCAUUGUUGUUACAAAACAGAUUAAUGUAGUGUUUAGCUUUUUGUAAACAAAUUAUGCACAGUGCUUGCAAAUCAACUUUCUCAGGUGUUAGAUUCAUUGUCAAGAAGGAGAUGAUGCGAUAAUUUCGUAAAAAUACUUUUUACAAAAAAUAAACAAAUUAAUCAACAAUCAAUUCCUC